GCCAUGUUGCCGUGAGCUUGUUCCGGUAUCGGGGCUGGAUCGUGCGCAAAUUCAGCCAGGAUUCGGGUGCAGCUCCUCGUCUCUCCGUCUCUCUCCGUGUCUCCCCCACACAUCGCACCUCCCCUGAAGAAAAGCCACAGUUCAGCGAUCAUGGAUUUGACGACUUGAUGAUUCCUUCUCCGGUCGGCCAGUGAAACACGUCGCAGCCGUCGGUGUACCGACAGGACGGACUGGUUUAUCGCCACACUGCAGUGCAGCGCUGGUGGACGACCUUAUUCCACUCACGCAACAGGGGGAAGAGCACCGGUGGGUUCCGUGGAUAUUCGGGUCUUUGGGUCGCUCCGGAGGAGAAGCUAACCAAGCUAGCUUCGCUGAGAAACCCUGAAUUAGCUUGCUGCAUGGGCUAACGUCGGCCGGAUAGCUAGCCUGUGUGAUUAGUAUUUUUCGCCCGCUAUGUGCCAGUUUCACACGACGUUUCUUCUCUUUUUUUUCGGACUCUCAAACUCUGGAUAUCUCGCCGGGAGGAAUUGUUUUGUUCGAGUCGGGAAGGUCGACACCUCGCCGGGGAGAAGUUUUGGCCUGAAAGUUUGUCGACCUCAGACCUGGUUUUAAUUACUAUCAAAGGAGGACUUCUUUUUUUUUUCAAAAUUACACAAGGGAAAGAAAAAAAAAAAAUCUCGUUUCAUGUAUUUUUUUCCGCAUGCUAACCACGUCGUUUAAAACAAGCGUUGGCCAAGUUUUGUUGUAGCUAGCUGUGCUAGCCGACUGGCCCAAACGGCAAAACGACGCUGGACAACCUUCGGUACUGACCAGUGUUAAUUUGGAACUGAAUGUCCUCACGCCUAGACACAGACAAAAGGCUACACUUUUUCCUCCUCUUGUUUCGUGGUUGUUGACAAACAUGGGAGCUGCGCUUGGUGCUAGCUAGUUUUGAAGCUAGCUUGCUAACUCGGCCAGCCGCUGAUGUGGGAUUCAACUUGUUGAUUCACGGGCUAGCUGUGGUGCUGCUAGCUGGCUAGCACUGGACCGUUUUCCUAAGACAGUCAGCUGCACAACUUAAAUGCACAAUAGACACUGAAGAAUUGCUGCUUUUCCCCCCAUUGCUCUUCCCCUUCCUUUUUUUUUUUGAAAAAUGUCAACAAGACCCCCACUGGUGCAAGUCAUUGAAAACUCAGCUGGACAGGACUCCAAGUCUUCGUCUGGCCGCUCCAGCAUGCCGCGAUGUCGGAAUUCCGUUUCCACCACCACAUCAGAUGACCAGCCGCACAUUGGUAACUAUCGGUUGCUUAAAACCAUCGGCAAGGGCAACUUCGCCAAGGUCAAGCUAGCACGGCACGUCCUCACUGGAAAAGAGGUGGCUGUAAAGAUCAUCGAUAAGACGCAGCUCAACCCCUCCAGUUUGCAGAAGCUCUUUCGCGAGGUGAGGAUCAUGAAGAUGUUGAAUCAUCCCAACAUCGUCAAGCUCUUUGAGGUCAUAGAAACGGAGAAGACUUUGUACCUGGUAAUGGAGUACGCGAGUGGUGGAGAAGUUUUUGACUACUUGGUAGCUCACGGAAGGAUGAAGGAGAAAGAAGCCCGUGCCAAAUUUAGACAGAUUGUGUCAGCGGUACAGUAUUGCCAUCAGAAGUGCAUAGUACACCGAGACCUCAAGGCAGAGAACCUGCUGCUGGAUGCUGAUAUGAACAUCAAGAUAGCAGACUUUGGUUUCAGUAAUGAGUUUACUUUGGGGAACAAGCUAGACACAUUCUGCGGCUCUCCACCUUACGCUGCCCCAGAACUCUUCCAGGGCAAGAAGUACGACGGGCCUGAAGUGGACGUCUGGAGCCUUGGCGUGAUCCUCUACACGCUGGUUAGCGGUUCACUCCCCUUUGAUGGACAGAAUCUCAAGGAGCUGAGAGAGCGCGUGCUGCGUGGUAAAUACAGGAUUCCCUUCUACAUGUCCACAGACUGUGAGAACUUGCUCAAGAAGUUUCUCAUCCUCAACCCUUCCAAAAGAGGCAGCCUGGAGCAGAUAAUGAGGGAUCGGUGGAUGAAUGUGGGCUACGAGGAGGAUGAACUCAAACCUUACAUUGAACCCCAACCAGAUUAUAAGGACCCGAGGAGGACAGGUAGGCCAAGAGAUGACAUCAUGCUGCAGAUGGGAUUCUCUCAGGAGGACAUCCAAGACUCACUGGUGAACCAGAAGUACAAUGAUGUCAUGGCGACAUACCUGCUCCUGGAUUACAGGAACUCUGAGCUGGAUGAAACGUCUCUCAAGACACGGCCAGGAAGUGAUGUAAGCAACAUAAAUGCCCCCUCUCCGCCUCACAAGGUACAACGCAGUGUGUCAUCCAACCAGAAGCCUCAGAAUCGCAGAGCCACCGACCACCAGGGCUCUUCCUACUCAAAGAGGGGUGGUCAAGUAGACAACAGGAGUGUAAUGGAGGAUUCUGGGAGGAAGGGCUCAUCAGGCAGCUCUACAACCAAGGUUCCGGCCAGCCCACUGGUCUCAUCUGACCGCAAAAAGAGUGCCACACCCUCCACAAAUAGCAUCCUGUCCACCGGCACUGGGCGCAGUCGGAACUCACCUCUGGCUGAGAGAGGAACACUGGGCCAGGGCAUUCAGAACGGCAAAGACAGCCUAAACACUCCGGGUUCCCGCGCCUCCACCGCCUCGGCCGCAGCCGUCCUCUCCUCCUCCUCCUCGCGUCCCCACCAUCAAAAGUCCCUGUCCUCCUCCAAUCAUCCAUGCCCCUCUGACCUGCACGCACCACGGCCCAGUGCCCCGCCUCAGCGGGCUCCAGGCGCCUCCCCAUCUGCCCACAACAUCAGCAGCGCGACCGUGAGCGACCGCACCAACUUCUCCCGGGGGGUGGGCAUCCGCAGUACGUUCCACGCAGGCCAACAGCGAGUUGCUCGGGACCAGCAGGGCUCCGCCUACCCCGGCGGGCCCGCUUCCCCGUCGCUGUCGCAUGGCAACAGCCAGGCCCGAAGACCACACGGCGCCACGGGGAUUUUCAGCAAGUUCACAUCCAAGUUUGUACGCAGAAACCUCUCGUUCAGGUUUCCAAGAAGUUCUGGUUUGGGGUGCCUUGUUUUGGCACUUGGUAUUGACAUUUUGUUUUUCUAAUUGUUGCUAACAUCACUCACUCACGUAACUCACUCAUUCCAUCAUCACGUGGCAAAGUAACACCUCUGUCCCUACAUCAGUUCCAGCCGUCCUCCUUCUCGUCCUCACCCCUCUAAAUUCGCUCCCUUCUUUUAACGAUGUAAGAAAAAUAUCCCAGAUUUAGAUGGAGGCUUAGUGGCAGCAUACUAGAUCCACUUACUCUUCCCCAACUCCUUGCCUUGCUUAGCAUCCGAUUUUGGCGAUGAUGCUCCGCUCAACAUUGUGGAGAUUUAACUCUCUCGUCAACAUUGCUUACAAAAACUCUCAAACAAAUUAAAAAAAAAAACAACCUUCCCUAUUCCUGUAAUCCAGAGAAAGAAACGCAUUUGUACAAAGAAACUAUGAUCGUCUCCAUCUUAGAUUGGCUAAUUUUGCUAACAUUAGCCAAGACUAACCCCACCUUCCAAACCAUCAUCCAUCUCACCUUCCUUGUUUUCAAAGGUUUGGUCUCUGGAGUUGAAAUGUUGUUUGCAGCAGAUGUCAAAUUCCUCCAUGGUUUUUAAAUCUUAUUUUUUCUUGUGUAAGUUUCUUGAGGCCUCUGUAAUUAAAAAGUUGCUAGUUUUUGUAGAUGGAGUUAAAGGGGAGGUGAGGAUAUCUGAGGGACGAGGCUGCACUCUUCUUUUUCCAUCGCUCUGAUUGCACUUUUGGCACCAACUCUAACAGCAGCACCAAGAACUGGAUGGCUUUUUGACCUACUCUGGCUGGAAAAGACCUUAAUGCUGUGACGCACUCUCUUCAUGAAUAUAUGUAUGCACAGUGCUAUUGAACAAAAAAAUUCAUCUAUUCCUGCAUGUUUGUCAUACUUCGGUAUUUUGGAUGUUGAAGUCAGGACAACAGUGUUGCACCUUCUCAGUGGUGGCCCGUCUCCAAAUUUCACCAAUUCCACCAUCAACAAUUUAACAUAAAAGUCAUAAAACAUUGACAUUUCAGGAAGUGCAGUCAUGAUCGUACCAUCAGGGUGGUGGUGGUGGGGGUACUGUUAGGGUACCACCAAGUGGGAGAGUGGUCAAAUAAAACUGAAUCCCUACUAAAGAGAACAUAAAGGACUGCAUCAGCUACCCAGUGUAACGCAAGUGUCAGUCGUCGUAUUCAGCCAACAAGCUUGUCAUUUGCACACCCAGGCGCCAAUGUUAGCCAGCAGAAUCAUGCUUAUUUUUGCACCUGUGGGUAUGUUAGCUUUAAAGCGAGGUAGCGCUGCAGGUAUACAAUAUUUUGAAAGAGUAUUCGAGCUAUUCUAAUCGAGUAAUCAGAUACAAAGUACUUUUGCAUUUUUAAACAACAACAACAAUAGUCCAGUGCUCUCCCUAAGCAUUGGCACAAUGUCACUGCAGUCUCGCACAAAUUGUCAAAUUUAGUUUAUCUGUUUCUGUUUUCCUGGGUAAAUUUUUUUUUUUCACGUCUUUACAAGUUUUGGAUCUUUCCCGGACCGUAAGUGCAAGCGGUCAGUGUAAUCCUCAUCAGUCAGGCUGCACAUGAACGUGAGCACAGCUUGUGAAAAACUGGGCUCUGGGGUGCAGCUUUUUCACAAAAGCCAUAUUGAUUAAUCUGCUGUGCACCCUAUAGAUGAAAACUGAUCAAAUUCAAAUGAAGGAGGUUUUGAAUAAACUUGACUUAAAGUACAUGUAGAGCAGAGAGCAGCCAGUAAACCAAACCGUUAAAAAAAAAAAAAAAAUACACAAACACACUGCUUUGCUUUAAAUGCUCAGUAAGUCUAUUUCAGAUGAUCAGCGUGGACCUUUCUCUUAAAAAGCUUUAUUUUACCCUGUGUGUCACAUUGGAAAAUUGUAGCUUUGCGUGCUCGAUUUAGCGGUUACACAGCUUAUGCACAUACUCUAGUCUUCCAUUUUGUUUUUCUGUGAAAAUUGCAGCGGCACACACAAGCCUGGCAUAUGUACUACAAAAUUCAACAGAGCUUUGAGGCACAGAAUUUCCCUGUCAUCACUUAUUCGAGUUACUCGACUAAUUGUUUCAACCCGAAAAUGAGGUGUGGAUUGCUUUUGUAAGGAGGCAGAAAAUAAUUCCACUAUAGACCACCAAAAACCUGGUCGAAAGUCAAAUGUUGAGAUUUUUCUAGUAUUUGAAUGUCAUUAUACGUGCCUUAUAUAAGCGGGUUCACAACGCAUGUAUGGGUACGCCCUCCUUGAAUAUGCAACAAAGGUGAAUUGAAAACCACCAUUAAAUGGAACAAAAGUAAACACUAAUGGAACCGUUUAAAUAAAAAUUUCACUUUACUGCUUCACCUCAGGGAGUUUUGGUGGUCAUCUGUACACUGUGGUGAUGUUUUUAAUUUGCAGUAAAUGAAACUGUAAACACUAGUGCAUUGAAACUACUAAGUGUGGCCUUGCAUGCAAACACUGACUUAUAUUUGGAUUAAGUAUUUACAUAGGCAUGAUUUUAAAAUUUAAAUAAUUUCCUUGCAAAAUAAAUUAGCACUCGUAGGGAAUAACAAACUUUUUUUGUAAUUGUUUUUUUCUUAACAAUAUUCUUCCUUCAAUGUCCCACGCUGACAGCAUAAGUGCAACACCACAGUGGCCACACAGAACAGACAGUAAAACAAAUUGUGACAUGGACUGCCAUCAUUACAGAAAUUUUUAUUUUAUUUAUUUAUUGUCAAGCAACCGCUCAUUCUCUUCUUGCUUGCAGACCUGCCACCUUCAGGAAAGGAAUGCAAUGGCAGGGAAAGCCAAACAGGCCAGGGACAAGGUUGAGAGGAAAAUACUUCCCCUUUGAGGAAUUAGCAUUAUGAGUUGAGGUUGUCUUUUGUUUGAACAUCUGAGACAGCUAAGUGUGACAUAUAUGCAG